AUGGCGACCUCCAGGAUGCUGCCGUCAGCCUUGAAGAAAUGGACGCAGAACCUGAUGCUCGAUGUCUUGUUGCCACUGGUUGCGUCGAUGCUUCUCCUGCGCGCUCGACGCUUGCCUGGUGGUGGCAGGGUGGCUUCAGCGUUGCUGCUUUCCUGUGCCGGGUGGGCUGCUGUGAAGCGGCUUUGGCUGAGAGUUGGGCUUCAGGUAUCUUCGCACUUGCGAAGUUCUUGCGUGAAGCACGGUGUUCCAUCCGCUUUCGGGACAUGGACUGCAUUCUGCCCUUGCUGCAAGCGACCCAUGAGCCUUCAACUCGAGCAGUGCCCAGCACAGGAAAGUCCUCCUCCAUCGGUUCGUGGUAAAUAUGCUUUUCUAAUCUGUCUGUGGGGUGCAUCUCGUGAGUAUUUGCUUGGUGCCUUGGUACUGGGAUACUCUAUUCGGCAGACCGGUUCGAAGCACGAUCGCGUUUGCCUUUACACCAGUGAUGUGCCGAAUGCGCACAUCCAACUGCUUUCCAAGCUUUGGAUCUGCAAGCCCAUAAGCCACAUCGAUGUGGCCAUGGAGCAGCUGAGCUUUCCUGAUAAAGAGGAUCGCUUCGCCAAGGUCUUCACCAAGUUAAACGGCCUUGCCUUAACAGAGUAUGAGAAGCUUCUGAUGAUGGAUAUCGACCUCCUGGUGCGUUCGAACAUCGACGAUCUCUUUGAGUUGACCCCACCAGCUGCCCUGAGACGUGGCAUGAACGAGAUCUUUCUCGGCCACGGCGACGCCGUAGAUGGCCGAAUGUUCUUCUUAGGCACAGACAAGUCCAUGCCCCGAUGGUCUUGGGGACAAGGCACAGGGAUCAAUGCCGGUGUUAUGCUGUGGCGACCUGACCAAGCUGUACUGGAUCAGAUGCUCGAUGAGUUGACUGAGCCCAACCAUCCAGAGCAUGUGAAAGGCAAUGGCCCGGAGCAAGACUACCUCAGCCGCUUCUGGGCAGACGCACCAUGGACUUAUAUUGGUGUGGAGUACAACUUCCAGCUUCAUCAAAUGUUCUUUGCAUUGCACCCAGACAGGGCCCACUAUGCGGAAAGGUCGGUCUUGCUGCAAACACCUGAGAAAAUCCGAGUUGUGCAUUUCUCUGGAAAGCCGACCGCAAAGCCAUGGCACCGUGUGCUGGACAAAGCGUGGCAAGAUUUUUGGCCAGAUCGAUCGCGCGACGCCGAGUAUGUCGAGCGCUUUGCUGAAGAAUUUAUGGGGUACUGGCUAUGGGUCAAGCGUGAUCGUGAAAAGUUUGAGGCCCAGUCCAGCGGAAAUUCCUGGGAUAUGGUUGGCUUGGAGCUGAAUGAGGAUGGAGAGUUUUUCCGACAUUACAAGGAUGGUCGGGAACCUGGUUGGCUGGAAAUACCAGAGGCAGCUUCGCAAGGUGCGAUGAACUUGCUGUCUGCAGCCUUAGGGGAGUGGUUCGACUCUUUGCAGAAACUGCAGCAGGAAUUUCACAUAGAUUUUGCGCACUUAACAAGCAAUGGGCCCGUGGCUCGUGCUCACUUGGAUUUUGCGCCAUUAAUAAGCAACGGGUCCAUGGCUCGUGCGCCGGUGCAACAGGUGCCAGGGGUCCCGCGACUCAAGCAGUUGGCAUGGCGCCGUCAUGGUGGCCGAGGUGGAUGGUUUGUGGAGGCAGACAAGACAGAAGCAACGAUUCCGACGGCCAAGCUGACUGCUGUGUGUGGGAUAUCGGAGGAAUCCGCAUUUGUUUCUUUGCGGGACUCCAGAACCGAGACCUAUGAGGACGAAGGCUCACAUGUCCAGGGUUUGUAUGUGAAACUGGCAGGGUUCAAGGCAGGUCGGCACUUUGAGCUACCCGACAUCCUCACGGAAGAAUCGUUGGCUCCGAUCCAUUUCUGGGUUGACAGCGUGCCAAGUCAGGCGAUCGUUUUGCUGGUUGUGGUUGGGCUCCCAGCAGUCUCGAAUUUGCCAACGAUUCUGGAGACACUCGCGCCUCUCGGUGUGCCCCAAGUACUCCCACCCAAGGACUCUCGAGUCCUGGCCUGCAUCUCAGGCCCGAGGACCCGUGAAGAGAGCUCAGAGGAGACCCCAUGUGCACAUCAUGCGUCGCCAGACGUGGCCUACGCAUCUUUGCUAAUGGAAGAUACUUCUCUAUAG